AUGGGUGUGGAAUGGUUUGGUUUCGGAUAUGCGGCUCUAGUCGCCACUGGAGGAGUUAUGGGCUAUGUAAAAGCAGGUAGUGUUCCAUCUCUCGCUGCUGGUCUGCUCUUUGGAAGUCUGGCUGGUGUAGGGGCCUAUCAGAUGUCUCAAGAUUCCAAAAAUAUUUUACUUUCAUUGAUUGCAUCAGGAACAUUAGCUGGCGUUAUGGGUUACAGGUUUUACAACUCUGGAAAACUCAUGCCAGCUGGAAUUAUUGCUGGUGCCAGCUUGCUAAUGCUGGGUAGACUGGGAUUUAAAAUGUUGCAGAAACCACAUGAUCCUUGA